AAUGCUUCCUUUUUCCAGAUCAUUUUUUAUGAAGACAGAAAUUUCCAGGGGCGCUCCCAUGAGUGCAGCAGCGACUGUGCAGACCUCCACUCCUACUUCAACAGAUGUAACUCCAUCAGGGUGGAGAGCGGCUGCUUCAUGGUCUAUGAGCGUCCCAACUACAUGGGCAACCAGUACUACCUGAGACGAGGGGAGUACUCUGAUAACCAGCGGCUCAUUGGCAUUAACGACUGUGUGCGAUCGUGCCGCAUGAUUCCACAGCAUCGAGGCUCCUACAGGCUGAGGCUGUACGAGCGCUCUGACCUGUCUGGACAGAUGCAUGAGCUGGAGGACGACUGCCCCAACGUCCAGGAUCAGCUCAGCAUGUCUGACUUCAACUCCUGUAAUGUGAUGGACGGCUACUGGCUCCUGUAUGACCAACCCAACUACAAGGGCAGAGUGUACUUCCUGCGGCCCGGGGAGUACAAGAGGUACAGCGACUGGGGAGGCGUAAGCCCAAGAGUGGGCUCCAUCAGAAGAAUCAGUGACUUCAACUAAAGUUUGUGUAACUGCCAAACUUUUCUCUAUUUUGUUUGUCCAAGCAAUAAACUCUUACCCUUAAUAAACAUAA